CCAGAACACCAUCCACCGUCCCGCCAACGCAGUCUGCCUGCGCGCGCCCUCGAUCCCGCCAACAGCCGUGGACGCGACACGCCAUGUCCACCCUCCUGUUCCACGCUCCGUCUGUUUCUGCUUCGCGGCUAUCUCGCGUCUAAUCCUAGUUUCCUAGUCUCCUAGUCUUCGGUUACGCACUCCUCUGUAGACAGCCCAGCACACAACAAAGCCAGACGCAUCAAAUGCACGCGUGACGCACGUCUCUUCUGCCUGCUUGUACCUGCAUAUAAAGUAGCGGUCUGCUCCCCUAUAAGUCGUUUGCUAGCUGCCUGGUGCGCAGCUUCUAUUCUAGCCGCCUCGUGCCUUUGCUUCUUGACUGUCGUUUCCGUUUCUUGGCUUGGGCUCUUGUCACCUGGUUCAUUUAGCUAGCAUGUUGACUGCGCAGCGCUACCACGACCCAGACAUGCCAGACUCCGACAUGCCAGACCCGGAUAUGCCCGGCUCUGAAGUGCGAGACUUGGAGAGAGAGCUGAUGGAUACGCUGGCGAACCACUAUGGCAGCAACGGAGAACCGUUGGACGGCCUCUUCACUCUCACCCGCCGUAUGGACAUCGACGACGAUGACCAACUUGAUGUUGAUCGGACAAUUUUGGACUUUCUGGUCUACAAAACCCUUGACUCGUUGUUUGAGUGGAGACGCCGCUCCAACCCCUUCGAGUCCGACUUACCGAGUGCUCUGACUACCAUGACCGUCGAUUGGAGAACACUUCUCAAACACAGACAUCAUGGUCGUCGGCUCGAUGGGCAAACAGCAUUUCGAUCCAAGUUGCUGCAAUUCGUGCUAGUCUUUACUCAUCGACUGAACCACGACAAGACUUGGACCAACGAAGAAGCACUGCAAGCCCUUCGAGACCAAAACAAGCUACGAGGCGAUCAUUGGUAUCACCACACUAAACAGUCUCCAGCUGUGCAGCAAUCUUUCGACACUCCGAAAGAAUUUCCACUAUCAGAUGCCACGUUGUUGAACAACCGCACAAGGCUUGCCUCUACCUUGGAUAUGCCUGUAGACCGCAGGAGAUAUAUUUCCGAUGUAUCUGGAACGCCUUCGCUCCACUGUUUACUCCCACUCUUUAUGGAACUUUCGGCUGCGAGAGUCGAUCUUGACGACGACUGGUUACCGACCAAUGACUGGUAUACUCUGGCGGGACAAUUCAUGCUGCAGGCCGUGAUAGACGAGUACCUUCGCAAUGGUGCGCAUGGAGAAGACACAUUCAACACGAUAUUUGCGUUUGGCUGCCCAGGCGCCGACCAGGAAGGAGUCCUUAUGACGGCUAUGCGGACGUUGUUCUGCAACGAGGACAACACCCACAAACAGAAUCAUGACUGGACACGAAUCAAGCGCCGGUUCAUUGACGAGAUUUUACCUCAAAGUCCGUCUCAGUCCACCCUCCAAGCUAUAGAACGAGCCCGAGAAAAUAACCCAUACGUCACAUUUGAAGAAAACCUCCUCGCUUUCUUGAAAAACCUUCAUGAUAGUCUAGUGAAACCUGAUCUUAUACAAGUUGAAGAGGGCUGCAUCAACAUCAACGGUAGAGAACUCUCUGAGGCCGAGUCACGAGAGAUGAUCAGUCGAAUGCGGUUGUAACACUGUUUAUGUCUUCUACUGGUUGCUGGUACACAUUUUCUGUGUGUGUCCCUUACAUAUCAUUUCGUUCGGCAGUUCUCAUCACUAGCUUUGUUCGCUUGCCUUUGGGAGGUUGGAUUCGAGUGUCUUUUGCAUCUUUAUGGCGUUCAUGUUUCAUUCUGAGCUGGUUUGCUCUCUGUCUUAGAAACAUGUCAUUUAGACCCGGUUUUGUGUAUUAUACCCUUAUUUUGCGCUGUACUUGACAGUUUGGAUAAAGAGUAAUGCAGCUUUGUACACAUCUUCGUCUCUCUCGUUGUGUGUGAGUUCGAGG